AUGGUUCGAGUAAUCGGAUUGCAUAGCAGCGCAUGUUACGACUCCACCCAAAGGUUAAAUCAUAACACACUCCCACUUCAGGAGAAACUUCACUCAGUGACUAGCCCGCUUGCACGAGCGGAACCAACAGCUGCACAUGUUAUGACUGUACCCAAAGGUCAAAUCAUAACAUUUCCCACUUCAGGCGAGAACGCAUCUUACCUUUCGAAUGCAAAUAACAGCGAAUAG